AUGCUCGGAAUUACACAUUUACGUACAACGCCUUAUCACCCGCAGGCAAACGGUCAAAUUGAGCAAACACACCGUCAGCUCAAAUCAUCGAUCAUGUGCCAUCAACAUUCUCGUUGGACCGAAAUUCUUCCCAUCGUACUUCUUGGGAUCCGGUCGUCGCUGAAGGAGGAUCUGCAAGCAACAGCCGCUGAGCUUACCUACGGUACAUCACUUAGACUGCCAGGUGAAUUCUUCAUCUCCGACAGCUGUAAAAAACCAACGCCAGAGUUUGUCACCGACCUGAAGGCAACGAUGUCAAAACUACGACCAACGCAAACCACCAACCACUUCAACCAGAACGCCUUCGUACAAAAGCACUUGUCUACAUGCAGCCAUGUCUUUGUGAAGGUGGGAGCUAUCAAACCACCCCUUACACAACUCUAUGAUGGACCAUAUCGGGUGAUCCGCCGAAGGAAAAAAGUUUUCAUAGUGGAUGUAAACGGUAACUCCACUGUGAUAUCGAUCGAUCGUUUGAAAGCUGCCUUCACACAAGCCGACGAACAUCACCUCGAUACAAACCAGUCAGAGCCAACAGUAGAGCAGACUGCCUACACAACACGUUCAGGACGUAGAGUGAGAAUCCCCCGCCGGUAUUGGCAAAUCUACGGGGGAGUGAUGUGGCGUAUCCGACAUUAA